AUGGUAGCCGAGUGUCGUUACUGUGCGCGCGCUACUACUCCUCAGAAAUUCAUUGUUCUAAGCGGUUGUUAUGGAGCAACCGAUUCCACCCAGGAUUCGAAGGCUUCUUUUUACAACAACACCGCCUACGAACCCACCUCCCGAAUCCAGAAACAAAACAAACCAGACGACCAAGUAGGAAACCUUUUCGCGAAGAUGCCCGUCCUGCUGCCCCCCGGGGCCCUCCCGGCUGCGUACCGCGUCCUCUGUAUGAGAUGCGUGCGCCGUAUUGGGACACCCGACGAUGCUCCCAUGGAGCACGAGUGCGUUUGGAGCGAGAAAAGCUCCAAGUGCGCCUACUGCGUGAAGCAGAAGGCACCAUGUGUGCCGAUUCUCUGGUUCCUCGAGGAGGAAUAUGCCGCCAUCGUCGCCGCCGAAGCGGCCACCCCUCCCGUCCUGGCCACCACCCUCAAGACCUACAAGGAGGUCGCGCGCAUGGCCGACCUCUCCAGCGCCGCCAUGCCGGCCCUGCGCUCCCCCUUUGAGGGGGCGCAGUACAUUCAGGGGCUGGCCACCCUCGCUGCCAUCAAGGACCUCGCCGCCGCGGUGGAGGGGUUGAAGGAGGAUACGGGGAAGCUCCUCGCGGGGCAGGCCCACGCCGUCUCCUUGCUGGGGACGGUGGAUAAAACCACCGACAAGGUGGGGAAGGAGGUGAGCUUCGUGGCGACUGCGGUCGCGAAGGUGGAGAAGGCGGUGGGGAAGUUGGCCGGGGCUGUUGCGGUGGCUCCCCGCAAUGGCGGGAAGAGGAAGAGGGGGGAGGAGGAGGAGGGGAAUGGGGAGAACCCGAUUGGGUGA